CUGAAAGAUUGACAGCUCGCAGCGCUCCGCUCCAGUAGAAGAAGACAACUCCCGCGGAGGAACAGCCACUACGCACGCUCACAGAUACAGUUCCCCCUGAUUUCUCGGAUUUCACCGUGUACUUUCACACAAGUUUGCCGGCGGGGCGCUCGGUUUGGACCGCAUGAGGACCUGCGGGGUAUGAACGCGGCGCGGACGCCUCAAACAAAGUAGAAGAGGAGGCAGAGCCGUGCCACUCGAUGGCUGCGGGGGAUGGAGCCCUGCCGGCCACCGUAGCGGCCAGCCGGAGCGUGGAGAAGGCGCUGGAGGAGGCUGCGGCGAGCGGGGCGCUCAACUUGGCCACCCGCAAACUGAAGGAGUUUCCCCGCAGCGCCCGCAACUACGACCUGUCCGACAUCACACACGCAGACCUGUCUAAGAACCGUCUCUGUGAGUUGCCGGAGGAGCUCUGUCAGUUCAUCUCUCUGGAGACACUGAGCCUUUACCACAAUGGGAUGCGUUCAUUGUCCUCCAGCCUGGGCAACCUCCAGGCUCUCACCUACCUCAACCUCAGUCGUAAUCUCCUGUCCAGUUUACCCCCGUCGGUGUUUCAGCUUCCUCUCCUGCGAGUGCUCAUCGUCAGCAACAACAAGCUGUCUUCGCUGCCCGCCUCCAUACACUCCCUCACACACCUCCGACAGCUGGAUGCAAGCUGCAAUGAGCUGCAGUGUUUGCCUGCAGAGCUCGGUCAGCUGGAGUGUCUGAGGGACUUAAACCUGAGGAGGAACCAGCUCACCACACUGCCUGAAGAAAUAUCCGAGCUCCCUCUUGUCCGGCUCGACGUGUCCUGCAACCGCAUUUCCCACGUGCCCUUGUGCUACCGCCACCUGCGACAUCUCCAGAGCAUUAUGCUGGACAACAACCCGCUGCAAAUGCCGCCUGCGCAGAUCUGCUCCAAGGGCAAAUACCACAUCUUCAAGUACCUCAACAUGGAGGCGUGCAAGAGGAGCCAGGAGGAGCUGGAGAGACACCUGAGACCCACUGGAUUCAACAGCUGCCUGUCAGACCAUGAGCUGUUCACAGGUCAGUUUGGUGGACUGGACUCUGGCUUCAACAGUGUGGACAGCGGCAGCAAGAGAUGGUCUGGGAAUGAGUCAGCAGACGACUUCUCAGAGCGUUCCCUCCGCUUGGCUGAGGUCAGCAGAGACCAGAGGAACCUGGAGGAGGAGGAGGAGGAGGAAGAGGAGGACGGAUCUCCUCAGGAAGCGAACAAAGUGAAUGGCGAGGCUGAGCAGGUGGACUUCAUUGACAGCAGUGUAACGGAGGAAGAGGAGGAGGAGGAGAUCAGGCUGGAUCCACGCAUACCUCCUCUGGAUCAGAAUGAGAAAACGUCACCGUCUCAAACCCAGGACUCAACAACGUGCAGAUCCAGCCUCCGCGUGGAGGUGGUCCCCCCGUCGUCGCCCUCCUCAUCUCCCCUAUCCCCCUCCAGCCCCACCCUGGAGGAACGCAGGAGGCCGGGAACCCUGCUCAUCUGGCAGGAGAGAGAGCGGCUGCAGCAGCAGAGAGAGAAAGCCAGUUUGCUGAAGUCAUCGACCAAAACAGGAAGUCACGUGGCCACGGCACCGCAGGCAGGAAGUAGCUCGGCUGGUGGAUCUCCAGAGAACAGCAGCUCCCUCUCAGGCAUGCGGCAGAGAUGUGCAAGCGCUGAACAGAUGGGCCCAUUGUCUCCAUCAGUACUUCUACCGCGCUCCAGCAGUAGACCAGAUGUCCUGCCCUCCCCGAAGACGUCUCCUCCACCUGGUCAGACCCAUAAACCCAACAGCUUCCUGUUCCGCACCUCCUCCCGCAGCAAUGUCAAACCCACAGGCUCCAUCUUUACUCUGGGCGAGUCUGGCAGAAGUGAGUCUCGCACGACGCUGCGUUCUCCUAAAGAGGAGAGACAAGACAUCACAUAUCUACGCAAGACUCUGGAGUCUCGGCUGAAGAUCAUAUUGCCGGAGGAUCUGGGUGAGGCCUUAUCCAACGGCACCAUCCUCUGCCAGCUGGUUAACCAGAUUCGACCACGCUCCGUAUCAAUCAUCCACAUUCCCUCCCCAGCAGUGCCAAAACUUAGUUCAGCAAAGUGUCGACUCAACGUGGAGAACUUCAUCACCGCUUGUCGCAAGCUGGGAGUCCCUGAGACCGAUGUGUGUGCGUGCUCUGAUGUGCUUCUAUGUAAGCUGCCCGCUGUGCUGCGUUGUGUGGCAGCCCUGCUGGCCGCGGAGGGGGGUGGAAUGGCGGAGGACCACUCCCCUUGCCACUCCUCGCCUUCGUCUUCAUCGCCCUCGUCCUCGUCCUCGUCUUCGUCUUCGUCGCUGCUGUCCACAGAUUUCCUGCUCUUCUACUGUGCGGUCAUGGCCCUGCUCUACGUCGUCUACUGCUACCUUCUCCCCUAGAGGAGACACACACAACACAAAGUACUUGCAUAGUCACAGCUCUACACACAUAGUGAACACACGCAUACGUGGAAACUGAAAUGUGUGGGGCAGUCACAGUUGCUAUGUGUGAGGCCAACACACAGCCGCUCUCCCAGCUGUCAUCUCAGACAAUACGCCGCACUGUGUGUGUGUGUGGAUGUGAGAGCGUGUGUGUGUUUUUUCAGUUUACAUACUCUGUGACUUUAGAGCAGAUGUCUUAAGUCCUGAGAGUGUGUGUUGGGAUGUUGGAGCCAUACAGAGCAUGCUGCAGAGCACCUUUAAAUAGAAUACACUACACACAGCUCCAUUUCAACCUUUUUAAGGAAUAGAAAGCACUAAUGUGAUGGACAGAUACUGUAUGAGAGUAGAUGAGCAGUGAAAUGCCUUAGCCUAGAUUAGCCUUCACUCAGUAACACUGUAAAUCUGAGGUAGAGGUGCUCGGAGGCAAAAAGGAUCUCAGUGGCCGGGACAUGACUAGGCAGAGCGAAGGAAGCACAAACAUUUACACGGAACACCUUUAAUGCAUUUUACCAACGCCCCCUCGUAGAUAAGCAGCAGACACAGUAUAUAACCUGAUCAGGGCCAAAUCAUUCCCAGUCCGUACUGGAAGAUCCUCCUCAACAACUUAAUAUGUUGCACAAUAUCCACAACAAAACAUGGAGACAUGCAAGGUAGUUUUGUUAAUGUUGAGAUCAGAGCCCCUUAAAGCAGCAACAAGCACAAGUUCUUUACUUUGGCCCUGUUCAAACCUGGUGUUGGCAUCAGAUCUAAGAUGUGUUGUCAUUGCUACCUGUGUGCGUUCACACCUCAACUUAAAGCUGUCCACGUUAAUCGUACUUCAUACGCUGACACACACAACUAAAUGCCAACAUAUGCAGCAGCCAUCGAGCCCAUAUGGAUCCAUAGUUAACUUUAAAGCUGCAUUAGUUAUUAUAACUUGCAGGCAAUACAGCAAGUUGCAUAAACACAACCUGUGACCCAUCACCUUUUAAAACUGACAUGGUUGACACGUCACACCACAGAGAGAAACUUACGCAUUCAUAUGGAGUCAGUGUAACAUCUGCUGUAAACAUCUGCCUGCGGCCGUGAGACUGAACCACAUGGGUCAAGUUAUUUGCAAUGAGCUAAAGGCUUAAUGCUUAAAUUCACUUUUUCAAAUUCCCACAAUCAUUUCAUCCAUUGCCCAUAUAAGAAAUAUUGAUAAGUGCAGCUUUGAGGCUCAACACAGUUGUUGCGUUGUGUAAAAGGUGUUUGUUAAAACUUGGGUUUGCCUUUCAAAGCCUGUUCUAUCAGAUAAGAUGACGUCCUACUUACAAACCUAAUUGCUGAGUUCUGGGCUUGUGGCAGAAUCAUCAACCAAACGCGAGCAGUCGGACCUGCGUGUAGAACCGAGUUAGGAAACAGUGAUAAAUCUCAGGGGGUCAGCAGGAUGCGUCAGUACCUUAUCUAAAAGCUCCUGGUUCUAGUCAGUACUGACAGAACUGACAACAUAUUCCAGAAAAGUGUGGAAUGCUGGAUAGAUUUUUUUUGAAUUUUGUAUUCUUCCACAUCACAAGACUGUUGUUCAUCAGCUUUGCUCACCGAGCCACUGAGAUCCCUUCUGCCCUGAGAUCACAGUUACAGCCUAAACUCCAGUCCGCGUGUUUGCAGGCGUUCUCCUCGUCCUGCCAGAGCAGCUGUUCAAGAAACCUGUUGAAGACUGAAUAGUGAAUGUGAUUUUUCUUGUUUUAUUUUUAGCAUUGAGGCAGGUGCAGGUUAGUUCAAAUGGACCGUGGAUGUUUAGUAAUGUUAUAUCUCACGCUGCAAUGGGACAGCGAGACAAAUGAUACAGUGCCUCUUACUGAAUGAACACUGACCACUUGCAGACUGUACUAGUGUCUGCUAUGUUAACUGUGAGCAGCAGGGGGCAAUGUCGCUUCAUCAACCCUCCCCAAAGCUUCAUGCGUCCCAGACGGUACAAC